GUGGGCACUGAGGCGGCCUCAGGCCCCGGCUCCGUGGCGCAAGUGAAGGCCUGAGGCUCCCCGGAACGGACCCAAAGAGGCUUCCCACUGGGCCGGAUGCCCCCUUCUCUGGACCAUGUCUUUGUGUGAAGACAUGCUGCUCUGCAAUUACCGCAAGUGCCGCGCCAAGCUCUCGGGCUAUGCCUGGGUCACCGCCUGCUCCCACAUCUUCUGCGACCAGCACGGCAGUGGGGAGUUCAGUCGCUCCCCGGCCGUCUGCCCUGCUUGUAGCAGCACCCUUUCCGGCAAGCUAGACAUCGUCCGCACGGAGCUCAGCCCUUCAGAGGAGUACAAGGCCAUGGUUCUGGCCGGGCUGCGACCAGAGAUCGUGCUGGACAUCAGCUCCAGGGCCCUGGCCUUCUGGACGUAUCAGGUGCACCAGGAACACCUCUAUCAGGAGUACAACUUCAGCAGGGCCGAGAGUCAUCUGAAGCAGAUGGAGAAGGUGUACACGCAGCAGAUCCAGAGUAAGGAUGUGGAGCUGACUUCCAUGAAAGGGGAGGUCACUUCCCUGAAGAGAGUGCUGGAAGAGUACAAGAAAAAGUUCAGCGACAUCUCUGAGAAGCUCAUGGAGCGCAACCGCCAGUACCAGAAGCUGCAAGGCCUCUACGACGGCCUCAGGUUACGCAACAUCGCUCUCGCCAACCACGAGGGCAGCGUGGAGCCCGCCAUGCCCUCCCAGCCACCUGCUUUGGCCUUCUCUCUGGGGAAUGCCCCCAGAUUUCCUGCGGACGUGUCACCGGCUCAGAACCGGGCUGCUGGGGACGGAGACUUCCUCUUCAGGCCACUCUUUGUGGGGUCCUCUCCCGCAGCAGAGCCCAGCAACACCUUCUUCAGUUUUGCCUCCCCCCGCCACGCUCAGGAGCCCCAGCUCGGCCUCAGCAAGCCCUUCAAAGGGAAGAGGCUGUAACUGGCGUGGAGCCAGGGGCCCUGGGGGAGGGUUGGGCAGGCUGCCCCUCACAACCACCUCUUCCUGGAAUUCAGCCCGUGUCCAGAGGUUUGCGGGCUUGGGCCAGGCUGUCCGGUUUGGACACCAUGCAGUCAGUGGCCUCCCCGUCCUGCUCCUGUUCCCCUUCCCACGCCCUCCUUCCCUCGAACUCCUCUCUUGCUCUCUCUCCCUCUCUUUUUCUAACUCCCACUUCCCCUCCCACUUCUCCUGGGACUUGGGGCGGAGAGAGAAUCAGCACUGAGGUGACCCGGUGCCAUUGCAGGCUGCAAGCAGGCCAUCACCGACAGCAGCAUGCAGGCGUCACCCAUCCUGUCGGCUUCUGUCUGAUGGGGUGGGGGGAGUGUGUGAUUGGCCACAAGUUUUGGGAAGUGAGAGCUGGGCGGGCUUGGGUUAAUGUUUAGAUAAGCAGCUUGGAUGUGUGGGCAGGGUGGUGGAGUGUGUUUUCCUCUUAGGAGUGGAGGGUGUUUUUCUCUUAAGGGUGGGUCUCAGGAUUUGGGGGCCGGAAGCUGGUGCAGACAUUUUCUAGAUGGGCACCAUGGGCCUUUUUGUGUGUCUGCCUGACAGGCCAUGGGGUGUGGGGUUUAGGGCCCAUCUGUCUCCAGAGGGGAAUCUGUUGAGUCUUCAUGCACUUGUCUGUUUUGGUGUUUCAUUUAGUGUGUAGGUGAGUGUUCAGAAGAGGCAAGAGUUGGUGUAUUUCUUGUUGCAUUUUUUUUUUCCCUCAGCGGGUGCCCCUCCUUUAGACAGUGCAGUAGCAAGGAGAGGGUGGAGGGAAAGGGAGGGAGGGAGGGGCCUGCAGCAUGAUUGCAUCCCGGGCUAAGGUUGUU